AUGAAGCCAAAUGAAAUGGAAUUACGUUUACUAAAUGAAAUAAUAAAUUUACAUGAUAAAUUGCAGAAUGCUAGAAUUAAAUCUCAUGAAGUUAGUUUACUUCGUCAAGCAGUUGAAGCGAAUUUACAGCAGAUAACAAAUUUACCAAUGUUGACUGUAGUACACAAUUUGAAAGCUCACACAAACAGGGUUCAUGACAUUGUCUGGGUGCCAAAUGACAGGUAUGUAUUGACUGUAGGCUCAGAAGGCUGCAUCGUUAUCUGGGAUCCGAAAGUUGGCUUAAUUCACAAUGUUUAUGAUGCAUCAAAAAUACAACCAAUUACUGUUGCUGCUACAAAUGAUGCCCAGAGUUUAUUUUGUGGUGGUCUUUGUGCUACUGUUGUAUUAGCUAAUAAAAUUGAACAGCCUCCAGAAGAUGGUUAUUCAUAUUAUGAUUCAAAAUCAGUUUAUGAGCAUAGCGGGCAAAUUAACUGCAUUCUAUGCAUGAAUGAUACCCACUUAUUAACAUGUUCGGUAGGCGAUGGUGCAUUAAUCUGGGAUAUUGAGAGAGUUAAAGUGAUUGGUCGAUAUUCACACAGGACAGCACAGGUAACAACUGCAUGCUUUCUACAUGAUGACAGUUCAACAUUUCUGACUGCUGAUGAAGAAGGGGUAAUACAUCAUUGGGAUAUUAGAAAAUCUGAUAAUUCUGUAUUAUGUUUUGAAGGGCAUCAAGCUGAUGUGAACUGUAUUAAAUCAUUGCCUAAUGGAUAUAAUUUUGUUACUGGUUCGGAGGAUACAUUUAUCCAUUUGUAUGAUAUACGCACAGAUAUAAUUAUUGCUAAAUAUCGUGAUAAACAGGCUAGACCGAUUACAUCAUCUGGUGAUAAUGAAGUAACCAUGGUAUCCUCUGGUUUACAACCGACAACACUAGCCUAUGCGGCAUCGCCUAUGACACAGGCAACAUCAUUCAUGAACUAUUCAGAUAGUAAUCAGCGUCAGUACAUACCAGCUGUCAAUGAUUUAGCUGUGUCAAGUUCUGGACGAUUAGUUAUUAGUGGUUGUAACGAUUGGAAUAUUUAUUAUUGGGAUUUAUCACGUUCUGAUAAGUGUGUACGUUACGAUACAGAGAUAGGACCGGUUAUGAAAGUAGCAAUGUCGAAUAAAAGAAACGCACUAGCCAUGAUGACUUGGGAUCCUAAGGUGAAAAUUAAUAUUAUGCGACCAAGAUAA